UCAUAUUAGUAAAAUAGGUAGUCGUAGACGAAAAGCUUUGCCAGUACAAAUGAUAUAAGCACUUUAUUAUACGUUCGUAUUCGCAUUGUAUAAUCAGUGAACCUUCUGAAUAAUCAACUUAAUACUCAUGAUAAUUUAAGUUUCGAUCAGAAGACACAGCUCUGAAAGACAAUUGAAUAGCAUAACGUAACAAUGUCGAAAUUAAAACAGUUGAAGUAUGUGGCUAACAGAGCAUCUCGAAACUAUAUUAAAAUUAUGUACGGCAUUUCACCUGCAAGAAAACAUUGUAAGUACAUGCAUCACUGUUAUAUGUAUACACAUACACGUCCUUGACAUCGUUUUACAAAUCUACCCUACUCGCGAACGCGCGCAUAUACAAUUAGUUGGUCGAGUGUUAUUGUAUCAGAAUCAGAUUUGAAAUCAUCUCAUAAAUGAAGCAUUUUCCAUAAAUGAUAUACAAUCAAGAAAAAUCCUUUCCCUUUCGCUUUCAGUUAAAUCAAAUUCGUCAUACCGAUUAUAUGCGAGAUAGUUUCUCUUAUUUUUCAUAAUAUAAUAAAUAGUCACGUUUUGAAGCGUUCGUUAAUGAAAUAACCCGACGAACAUCUAAAUGCAGUGGAAUAGCCAAUAGAGAGUGAUGAUGCUUUUUAAAGAAGAAGAGUGUAAAGUAGACGGCGGUCCUCUUAACGAUUAAACGAAUAAAAGAGUGUGCAAUGGAAACGAAGAGGGUGUUUACGCAAAGGGUGAGAAAAGGGAGGAACGCGAGUGCGAGUGCGCGACUGCAUGCGCCGCUGCAACGACGCCAUAGUACGGCAACCCGCCGUCCGCCGUCGUCUCGGCGCCACAGUCUUUCUCUCCGUAUGUACGGAGCCGGCUGAAACUGACAGUUCGUUCAGCUCCUGCCUUUCUUUUUUUAACGCGUACAUCUGCUAUUUCGGCUUUCACGCUUCUUUUACAAUGGUACUUGCGGACACAAAUCUGGCAAAUCUUCUUCGCGAUCAGCAUCAGCAACAGCAGCAGUUACAGCAAGAAGAGCGGUACCAGCGUAGAUAUCAUUACGAGAGUAACAGCCAAUUUCCGCUAGAGCGGGAAAAUCGGCAAUGCAAAUCCACAAAAAACGGAAAUCUAGAAGAGAUAUCAGUAACGAAUUUGACGGACGGAGAGAGCCUGUGUUACAGUUUAGCUCUAAUACGAGGUCGCGCAUCAACCGCAUGCAGUUAUGUCAUUGUACGAAAUCAAAAGAAUCAGAGUUCCGAGUGGCCGAUCGUCUCGGGUGAAUUCCGAGCGAUAGUAGAAUUGAGUCGAGGUCCUAAUAAGUUGGAAUUAGAAGCGGCGAGCGAAAAGAAAAGAUUGCUUCUGAUUUACGAACCAAGAACAACGAGGCUACGCGUAACUCCAGUUUACGUGAUUUGCGCCGGACAUGACGGCUGUUUCCAAGGACCGCGGAGGGAGGAUCGGUCACCGGAAAGCGCUGCGACGAGAAUAGGCCUCGGUGCCCGACUGUUGCAAACUCUCACUGCCGAGAAAUUAAGGGAGGCGGGUUACGGAAGGAAAACGUUUCAAUUGGAACGAGACUUGGAUGGAGCGGAAUGUUUGGUAAUGCACAGCAUGCUCGACGUCGAUCGAGCACGUGCGAUGAAUCAACGGGAACUUUGGGAAUUGAUCGCACGAGAAUUAAUGACCGGCCCUUUGGCGUCGAAAGAUCGCAAGUAUCUCGCGUUUCUCUCUUGCACCAGAUAUCGAGGUGCACCGAAUCCCCGUACUCACGAAGACACUCUCGCGAGGACACAAGGACAUGCCGCCCUCGGCGGUGGCGGUUUAGCUCUUUUCGGAUCAGCUUGUCUUCAUACGUGGCCUACUUGCAUGGAUCAAGUAUUACCCAGAUUUCUAGACGCUACGGUCAUUGAUACGGAACAAUUAAUGGACGAUAGCAAUUAUCGGGGUACGUACGGUGGAUGUCUCGCCACUACUCUCGGCUCGGUGCUUCACGAGUUAGGGCACACGUUCGAUCUUGGGCAUACACGCGAAGGUAUAAUGGGUCGCGGAUUCGAUUACGUUGACCGAGUUUUCGUCGGAGCAACUGGAAUUGAUUCGAACCGUAACCCUGUCGGAUUACGAGGAGACCCUCAACACACAACGAUUGCAUUGAGCAGACCACUCAGUGUAACUGUCACGGUGCAAGAACCUCUUUCGAUGCUAGCAAGUCCUCGCAGGAAUCGUCUGCUAUCCGAAACAUCCCGUCCUUCGUCUACUCAAAGCUCAUCACGGUCACAAGGCAGAUUAUCCGCGCCUGCUAGCCCAGAACUGAACAGAUCGUUUUCGAAGAGUCUCUUACAAUCUGCAUUCGAACAAAAUUCUAAAUCUGACUCGCAGACUGAUCGAACAUUUUGGUCACCUUCCUGCGCAGCGCUCCUCGCCUAUCAUCGAUGGUUCAAUAGCGAAAUGGACAACGUUUAUAGCAAGCCAUUUCACGACAUCGAUUACGAUGGAAAAAGGAACGUCGUACGCUCGCGUUUUGGAAUACGAGUGAUAGAGCUGAGAGAAACAUCAGGAGGAAUGGUAGUUGGUUCGCGACAGUUUCCUGGUUCCCGUCCACCUCUGGAAGCAUUGGUUCCACCAACUCCACCUCACUGUCUCGUCGCUCUAACUCUCGUUGCUGAAGACUCGACUGGCAACAUUCUUAAACAUCCACUUCCAACGGCAUUUUGAAGUUCUAUGAUCGUUAGUAUCCCGGCAUGAUUUUGUAUCCAAGAAACAAAAACCGGCCAAUAUCGAGCGAUCCGAAUCCAUACCGAUAUACCAAAUUUUAUCCUUUUGUAAUAUCCGCAUAGCGCAUACAAGUAAUAUCGAUGAUGGUGCUUUUACCUAAUGCCAACUGAAAUUCAUAUAACUUUAAAUGCGUAAUAUGUAUUUGCUUUGCCAUUAUUAACGUUUCCUAUAAGCUUGUUUCUUCAAUGCGCUAUAUUAAGGUACAAAAUCUAGUUUUUACCUGUUUUUGCAGAUACUCAAUUACCAAAGCUUUCCGUACUGGAAAUAAAAAAUAUGCGAAUUGUAUUCCUAAUAAUAAGAAUUACAUCUGUGAGUGUGCGUGUGUAGCAUAUUACAUGAAUAGCAUAUAACAUACAUCCCCAGUAUUAUGAGUUGCAAUUGAUAACAAUUGUGUACAAUGCAACUGACUCUAUUAACUUCUGUAAUACCUUUUGUAAAUACCAUGCCAAGUUUAGGUAUGUCAGAAAAUGAUAAAAAGUAAUAAUAAAUAAUUUCACAGAAAACAAAGAGUGGACGGAGGUAAUGGAAAAAUAAAUAUAUAAAAAAUCGUCCAUUUUAUAGAUAGUUCACAAAUGUGAGUGUAUGUGACAUGUGCGAUUACGAUGCAGAAGAAACGAUGCGCUGACAGUAUUACAAUUUAAAUUUCCUUUUAAUUAUUUAUGAAAAGUAUGCGAAGUCGCAUUAUACAUAUGUACAGUUUAAUAAUUAUGUAUUUAGUUCAGUAAUGUUUUUCUUUUAAAAAUUGCAUCAAUAUUCUACAUAUUGUAUGUACAAACAUAAAGUUACCUACAUGAAAUAACUAUAGAGGAUGCCUUAUUAAUGAUAAUAAUCUGUAGAUACUUUAGUACAAAAGAAUAAGGUGGAAUCAAUAAAAUUUUGAAGAUAUUAA